ACAUUCAAAGAUGGGAUCGCAAUCAAGCUUAUGUCAGGACCCGAAGCAGGGAAGGUAUUCAACACUUGGGAAGGUAACCUUUUAAUAUUGUGUCAUUUUCACAGAAGUAAUUUACCGUUGACGUGACCUUCCUACCAAAAUCAUCUAGUCGACUGGUUUAACGCUACCGUCAACAUUCCCCGCGUCGCCGACAUUGCCAUGCAAGAUUCCAUAGAUUUCGCGAAGAUGCCGAACACAAAUUCCCCGUCUACAAGCCCGCAGCCUGAAAUUGUUGCUCAGAAGGCGCGAGAAGAACCAGCCCAUAUUCUUCCGUCCCAUCAGCAUCGCAACUCCUCAGCCGGGCGGGAUUCCACAGGCUAUGUGAAGGUGUUGAACACGGAUUCCUCGGUCAAUAGCCCGCAGCCUGAAACCGUUACUGCUCAGAAGCCGCGAGAUGAACCAAUUCCUGUGCUUUCGUCGCAUCAGCAUCGCAGCUCCUCGAUUUCCAACCUUCCUCAGUCCGGUGCGCAGCCACCGAAAACAGAGCUUACAAUAGCGCAGAGGCGCAGGAGGAAAAAGCAAGCACGUAAGGCGGAACUGAUGGUCCAACCCGCUCUUGAGGCCAGGCCGGAAUCAGGUGGGUGCGAGAUGGCGGCACCUCAAGCAGAGGCAGCUGCUUCACGAGCUCCAUUAUCGCCCCCCACCGUUGUGCGGUCACUAUCACAGGCACCAUCCAACGAGCACACAAGCUCUAGUUCUGAACAGACCACUUCAUCGCCAUCAAACAGGUCGACCCCAAUGACGGCGACAAUGUCCUCGCCGCCUCCUGCGAAUGAUCCCGCACGCAAUCGUCGACAGGGAGCGCUGGCCAUGAAGGCUGGAGUGAAAACGCAAGCGGGAGACGACAUCAUACCCAUUAAGAAGAUCGAACUAGGACUGGGAUUCUUCAAUAUCAUUGGCGUAGUUACGUCAUCCAAGUCUCCGACACUAACGCGAAAACAGGAAUGGCACCGGACUUUCUCCAUUGUCGACCCGUCCUGUAUGGAAGAUGAUGUGGAUGUUGUAAAUCAUCGUUUGAUCGUCAAUUGCUUCCAGAAGGAGUACAUCGAGUGGCUCCCUCAGGCUGAAGUUGGAGAUAUAGUCAUCUUUCGGAGAUUGAAGACCAGCACGUUCGGUGGCGGGCUCAAUGGUGUCGGGUACUGUGAUAAGCUGCGCUGGGUUACCUAUGACACCCAAACCCGGCGUUUCCGUGAUCCUGACAGAAAGGACGCCCCGCAUUCCGAGACAUCAGGCGAAGGAUUUGGGUAUUCGUUCUCACCUUACUAUGAGCCGAGUAUGCAAGGCAAAGAAGCAGAGUACUGCGCUCGGCUUGCCGAUUGGUGGCAAGCAGUACAGACGAUACAGCAAGGUAUCACGUCCGUGCAGUGUGUCGCGCGCCCUUCACGAGAACAUCACCUCAUCUCGGAGCUAACAUCGGACACUUCCCCUCAAGGUUAUUUCGAUUGCACCGUCGAAAUUUUGCACGUCUAUGAAAAUAACAGUGGGCCUAACACCGUGUAUGUGACCGACUACACCGUAAACCCUCACAGCAGCCCCACACAAGCGAGCUGGUGUUCGCCAGAACUGGCCCCAUAUGUAUUCAGAAUCGAGAUGUGGGAUGACGCAGGGCAAUUCGCAAAGACUUUGCAGUCCGGAGAAUUCUGGUCCCUCCCGAACACACGCGUAAUGGUAAACUCCACUUAUCUUGUUGGUAAAUUGGUGGAGAUACAUAAGUCACAAAAGCUUGACGAGGUGCAAAAUGGUGCGAACCUGCACUUCCGUGCAUUGCUGGAGCGGAAAAAGAAGUUUGAGCAGGGGGGCUCCUCCGCGCGGUUUGAUAACAAGUUGAUUGAAGACGUUGACGAAGAAGUGCGCUUCUUCCACUGCACGAUUGAGGUCCUUCAUGUCGACCUUGCUUCCGUGGAAGAGCCGCUUGUUUAUGUCACAGAUUACACGUUCAAUCCCGACCUCGUCAACCCGGCGGAGCCAGCACCAUGGGCUCGUGGCCUUGACCGCCGGAUCGUCAAGAUUGUCCUGGAGGGUGGGCAGACAGGAAGAGCUCAUGACCUUCAGCAAGGCGCAAUGUAUAGAAUCAAGAAUCUGCGCCUGAUCAAGAGGACAGGUGUAAAGGGCUCUUUCGGGCGUCUAGGGGGUGACGAACGAUUGAUCAUUCCAGCCAAUGACCGCGAGAAGGAGGAAGUAAAAGCUCUUCUACAACGCAAGGAGAAGUGGAAGUUAGAGAUGAAACGAGACGGGGUGUCCGUCGAAUCAGUGGGUAAUUCCCCGACGGAAUCGCCCCCUCCUAUGGCCGAGACAUCAAGGAAUUUGACUAUGAAGCAAGUUAUCGCCAGCAACGUCUGUCCAAACACAUUCACAUUCGUUGCGCGGGUGGCCGAUUUUUAUCCGUUGGAUCUAGAUCAAGCCACGUUCCUACGCUGCACGAAAUGCAAGACCAUCUUACGGCGGACCUGGAAAGGGUGCGUCGACUGCGAUGACAUGCUCGACACGCAUUGCAAAUGGUUCUACGGACUGUUAUUCCGAUUGGUAGAUGAUGAAGGAAACAAGAUCGUGGUUUCUGCCAGUGAAAAAUCGUGUAAACUUCUAUCUGGAUUGCCUCCUACCGACUUGGAAGGGGAUAAAGAUGCUUUCGAUCAAUUAGUCGCUCGCCUACACCCCGUGAUUGGCAACCUCAGACAAGUGCACGACGCAUAUGCAAAGAAGGACUUGCCAGUCGAUACCCCGAAGAUGCGUUUCACUGUCGAGAGCUGGAACGCGAAAGAUGAACGGUGUUAUGGACUUCUGGAGUGCACUCCGCUUUGAUCUCACUCCGCUUUGCUCUCUCCUUGGACAACGGACUCUCCAGC